CCAAAGGGGGCGGGUUCUGGCCGGAGGUGGAGUCACUUUUUCAUUUAAAUCCCCGACUAUAAAAUGGGCUUAAGGAGAAGCGGGAUCUCAUCGGCUAAGCCACCCAGAGGAGUGGCGGGAGUGAGCGGCGUCGGCGUCGUGGGGGGCUCCGGGCAGCGCGAGCGCCGGUUGUAGUUGUAGCCGCCGCGAUGCUACACUCCUUGGGCGCAAACACCUUACAAGCGCUCAGCCAGGUGGCCGCCUGCGUGCUUUUGCUGCCCCGCUUCCUCUUGACGGCCGUGAUGCUCUGGCUCCUGGAUUUCCUGUGCAUUCGGAAGAAGCUCAUGCUGACGGCGACGCCGGCGGUGGCCGGGGAGGACGAGGCGGCGGAGAGCGGCCCGAGCUCGGCGGGGCCCCCUCCGGACGACCCUCCGCUGUGCGUGUCCGACUCCAACCGCAUGUUCACGCUGGAGUCGCUCAAGGCUGUGUGGCACGGGCAGAAGCUGGACUACUUCAAGGCGGCGCACGUCGGCACGGCGGCGCCCAACCCGGAGGUCAUCCAGCUGGACGGGCAGACGCGGCUGCGCAUCCUCGACUACGCCCGGGGCAAGAGACCGCUGAUCCUCAACUUCGGCAGCUGCACCUGACCGCCCUUCAUGGCGCGCCUGCGCGCCUUCGAGAGCCUGGCCACGCGCUUCGUGGACAUCGCCGACUUCCUGCUCAUCUACAUCGAGGAGGCGCACCCUUCCGACGGCUGGGUCAGCUCGGACGCCGCCUACGACAUCCCCAAGCACCAAUGCAUCCAGGACAGGCUGCGGGCGGCGCAGCUCAUGAAGGAAGGCGCGCCGGGCUGCCCCCUGGCCGUCGACACUAUGGACAAUGCCUCGAGCGCCGCCUACGGGGCGUACUUCGAGCGCCUCUACAUCAUUCAGGAGCAAAAAGUGAUGUACCAAGGGGGCAGAGGGCCCGAAGGCUACAAGAUCUCCGAACUCAGGCGCUGGCUAGACCAGUACAAGCGCCGCCUCCAGGGCGGGCCCAGCACGGUGGUCGUCCAGGUGUAAGAAGGAUCAGCCGCCGACGGUGAGACUGGAGGGCACCGAAGGGAGGGAGAGGGAGAGAUGGCACGACGGGGAGACCUCCCCUGCAAAGUAGAUCAGGAGCUGUUUCUCCCUCUCUUUAAUUCUCUUUCCUCCAAGCGCCCCUCAACUCACAACUCCCAAGAGGCUUAUGUGUGCGUUGUCAUGCAAGACGGGCCGAGACUCUUUCCACUAUUCAAAUCAUGUUGAUUUGCCAAGCAUUUGUUAUUAACAUUCAUUUCUACGUGCAGUUUUCAUUUCUUUCCUUCAAUAAAUAAAUUGUGUGUGUGAA